GGAGUUGGCAACACUGCUCAUAAAGAGCACGCGCAUUUUUAGCGGUCCGGAGCUGUAGGAGAAACACAAAUUACCUCAGACACACAGACUGAUGCGACAAAACCAACAUGGCUGGUAAGGACAUGAGGAGGAAACAGUAGGAGCUGUGUGAGGCUACUAAAGGCAGUGGAUCCCUCAGCAGCUGGAUUACAAAGAGCACAGUCUCAGAUCAACACAGCCCUGCCCUCCAGCACUAUCAGCAGCAGGAGCAGCAGAAACCCCUCAACAGCAACAUUGUACCCAUGAGAGCUCUGGACCAUCCUCUGCUCUCCUUCUGUCCCAUCGACCCUCUGAAGGUGGAGAAGCUCACCUGACGCUCUCAUCAGCCUGUGUGUGAUGUCGUCGGGGUCAGCGUGCACGGUUACUGCAGCGGGAGGGGAAAUCAGUCCUGAUAAGUGGCAGAGGCUCCAAGGUUUCGUGCUUCACACAUGUCAGCUGUUCUCUAUCAGACACGGUUACACAUUAACCAGGUGGUCCACAGGUGUGCAGGACAGGUAAAGCAGCUACGGCCUCACUCCCAGCUGCAGUCAGUCGGAGUGAAGAUGAAGAUGAGGCUGCAGCUCCUCCUGGUUCUGACGGCGGUCGUCUGCGCUGCCGCCAAGCCUCUGAGCAAGGCGGCGAUGACGAUGAACAAGCUGCUGCUGAUCUCCUUCGACGGCUUCAGGUGGGACUACGACCAGGACGUGGACACGCCGAACCUGGACCAGCUGGCUGCGGACGGGGUCAAGGCCAAAUACAUCACCCCUCCGAUGCUGACCAUGACCUCGCCGUCCCACUUCACCACCAUCACCGGCCGAUGGGUGGAGGAUCACGAAGUCGUCCAUAACUUGAUGUUCGACCAAGAGACGAACCUGAAAGUUCCUCACAAAGAGACGCUGAAAAGAUCGGAGUGGUGGGACAAUGGAGCUCUGCCGCUGUGGAUCACCGCUCAGAACCAGGGUUUGAAAACAGCUUCCUUCUUCUACCCCGGAGGCGGAGCCAACUACAGUGGCCAAGCGGUCAAUCGAGUGCUACUGGAGGAGUCCGGCCACCCCGACGACAAUGAGACCGAGUGGCGUCAGAAAAUCGACACGGUGAUGAGCUGGUUCUCCGAGGAGGACUUCCACCUGGUGACGCUGUACUAUGGCGAGCCAGACAACGUGGGCCACGCCAAAGGGCCGGACACGCCGGACCGGAAAGAGAUCAUCCGUCAGAUCGACCGCACCAUCGGCUACUUGAGGGACGCUAUCGAUCGCCACAACCUGACCGACAGGCUGAAUGUCAUCAUCACCUCUGACCACGGCAUGACCACAGUAAAGAAGAGGCCACAGGUAGACGAGGUCAUCCUCAACAACUACCUGAAUUUAUUCGAGGUCGCUAAAUUUGAAAUUCUCGACUACGGUGGGUUUGGCAUCCUGACGCCACAGCCGGGGAAGGAGCAGGAAGUUUUUGACGCCCUCUCCAACGUGCCCAAUAUCACGGUGUACAAGAAAAACGAGAUUCCAGAGAGCUUCCAUCUCGCCAAAAGUGAGCGUCUGCCUCCCAUCGUGAUCAUCGCAGAUCUGGGAUUCAACCUGAACUCUAGAUUCAUCGUCUACGUGAAUAAAGGUGACCACGGCUUCCAUAACACUGAGAUAGACAUGAAGACCAUCUUCAGGGCCUUCGGACCGAGCUUCAAGAGGAGCUACCUGUCCGAGCCGUUCGACAGCAUCCACAUCUACCCUCUGAUGUGCAAACUGCUGCAGAUCGAACCAGCGCCGCACAAUGGGUCACUGAGCGUGACCGAGGACAUGCUGCUCUCCACUCCGACCACCACGGCCAAGCCUUCGUUCACAACGCCGCGAGGCUCUUUUACCACAGGUGUGUUGCCCUCGUCUGACGCUCUUCUGAACUACAGCAGCGGUCUGUUAUCCAAGGUUCAGAUAGACUCAUCUUUUAAGUCCGGCUUGAGUUCAGGGUCAGUUCAGGACCUUCUCGCUUCAAAGCGACUGUGCCGAUCACCUCGCCACAUAAUAAGAAACCUAUUUCAUUCACGACUUUUGAAGAUAAAUCAUUUCAUCUAUAAAAAGGUAGAAUUCUGUACAUUGCUUACAGACCUGUCGUAAGUCCGAAUCAUUUGCUGCCAUUGGUUGUCAGGCAUUCACAUUAAAAACUCUGGCCCCGCCCACUGCUCGUCACCACACGAUACAAGAUGCUGAACCUACAGCCAGCUUUUGAAGGCGUCUCCAGUCCAAUCACAAAGAAUUAUUUCAUAUCAUAAGUGAGAGUUUAAUAAGACCAGGUAAAAACUAGCCUAGCUUAGCUUUCAGCUCUGAGUGCAGAUCAUGUGACGUGCACGU